UCGCUUGCUUUCGUCUUGGGCUGGAAGCUGCGUGGUGCUCUUCCCCUGCAUGGUGUUGCCAUCAUGCCUAUGAAAGGCAGAUUCCCCAUCAGGAGGACGCUGCAGUAUCUGAACCAGGGGGACGUCGUCUUCAAGAACUCGGUGAAGGUGAUGACUGUGAACUACAACACCUUUGGGGAGCUCGGCGAGGGAGCCAGAAAAUUUGUUUUUUUCAAUAUACCUCAGAUUCAGUAUAAAAACCCCUGGGUCCAGAUUAUGAUGUUUAAGAACAUGACACCUUCACCUUUCAUAAAAUUCUACUUAGAUAGUGGAGAGCAAGUCCUUGUUGAUGUGGAAGAAAAAACUAACAAAGAGAUUGUGCAGCAUAUUAAGAAGAUUAUUGGUAAAAGCGAGGAAACACUUGAGAAAGAAGCACGAGAAAAAAUGAAGCUACGGCAUCCUGCAACCUUCGGCCCCAAAAAAUACCACCUGCGUGAAUGUAUGUGUGAAAUAAAAGGUCAAAUCCCCUGCCCUGGGAAGGUACCAUUACCAAAGGAGAUGACGGGCAAGUAUAAAGCAGCUAUGAAAGAGAAUGCUGCUUCCGAAGCCGGCUCCGUGUGAAGCGUGCCUGUACUAUAGACUAAAAGCAUUAGAUUAUCACCACUGAAAGAAGCUGGCAAAGUUAACCUUCAUGAAACCACCCUUCUUCUGUAAGAGACCACUUCAAUGAUGGCAAAGUGGUGAUACUUAUUU